CCUCACUCUCAAGAUAUCUCCUCUGCCUGCCUGUCGUACGUGCUAGCUCUUGAGUUGGCAAUUGAUCGGUAGGCGGUCCUAAGCUAGCUAGCAAUGGCGGCACGGGGAAGAGGCAGUGUCAACGUGGCCGUGAUCCUUGGGGUGCUUCUUCUCUGCACGCUCGUGGCGGAGGCGGCGGUGUUCAACGUCGGCGACCGCGGCGGCUGGUCCUUCAACACCAAUUCCUGGCCCACCGGCAAGCGCUUCAAGGCCGGCGACGUCCUAGUGUUCAAGUACGACGCGACGGCGCACGACGUGGUGGCGGUGAGCGCGGCGGGGUACAAAGCAUGCGCCAAGCCAGCCAAGGGCGCCAAGGUGUACAAGUCCGGCGCGGACCGCAUCACCCUCGCACGCGGCACAAACUACUUCAUCUGCAGCAUCCCCGGCCACUGCCAGUUCGGCAUGAAAAUACUCCUGCACUGCCGAGAAAACCAGUAUUUCCACAUACCUUUUGGCCUACUUGCCCUCACGCCUCCACUCCGGCGGGCCUAUAAAACCGCACCGGCUACUCCAUUGCCAACCACCACCGCACCUCACUCCCACAUAUCUCCUCUGCUUCUUCUCUUACUCCCUCCGUUCGGAAUUACUUGUCACAGAAAUGGAUGUAUCUAGAUGUAUUUUAGUUCUAGAUACAUCCAUUUUCGAGACAAGUGAUCGGUAGGCGCUUCUAAGCUAGCUAGCAAUGGCGGCCCAGGGAAGAGGCAGUGCAGCCGUGGUCGUGGGCGUGCUGCUCGUCUGCGUGCUGCUGAGCGCCGCGGCGGUGGCGGAGGCGGCAGUGUUCAACGUCGGCGACCGCGGCGGCUGGUCCUUCA